CUUGAAAGUAGGUAACAAUGCAAAAUCGUGUUCAUGGUUAGGUUCGUUUUAUUGUUUUCAAAGAAAAAUGUGAAGGAAUCUCAGAGAGUUUGACGACACUGAUUCACGAGUUCUAGAUUCUCUGAAUCAGCAGAUAUCAACACUACUAGAAGUCAGGAUGUAGUUCAUGGAAAAAACAAUGAACUUCAAACAAGAAAUUCUGACUAUACUAUUAGUCAGAAUUUGCUUCGUAUCAUCACAGGAUAUUACACAGCUCAGGGAAUAUGGAUGCCAAUGGCAUGGUGGGUCUAGCGCCACAUUAGCAUGUUACUGUCAAAAUGGAGCUGAAAUGAUCGUCAGAAGCCAAUCAAUUCCAGCCUUCGACACAACUACCAUCGAAAUCAACGGCUGUAAACUAGUCAAAUUCGAAGAUAACUCUAUUAGUGAUAUGAGGAAUCUAAGAAGCAUAACCCUCAACAACAUAGAAUCGCUAAUAUUCGAUAGUAGAAGCAUGAACUGGUAUGGAUAUAAAGAAAAUCAUGGCCAUAUUGAAGAAAGAUUCGAUAUGUCCGUACCGUCAUUGAAGAUUUCGAUAACACAAAGUAAUGUAUCUCUCAUAUCCAGCCAUACUUUCACAGGAAGAAUUAAUGAAAUCACUUUUGACACUACAACAAUAGACAAAAUAUCACCUCUUGCUUUUGCUAAUCUCUUGCAAAGUGAAACAAUAGCUAUUAGGAAUUCAGUGAUAAAAGAUAUAGAAGUGCAGUCAUUCAAGAAAUUCUCCACUGAAUACUUGGAACUGAAUGGUGUAUCAGCAAAUUUUAUACCAAGCAGGACGUUUUCCAACAUAACGGUCUACCAAAAUUUUACAAUAGACAAUUGUAAUUUCAAUACAGUACGGUCCAGUGGAUUCACCAUUUAUAAUCCACAAGUAUUUCAAGUUACCAAUACAAAUAUAAGUCAUCUAAAUGGAGAAGCCUUCAGUAUAGUCUCUAGAGGGAUUGUGAUUUUUAGAAACAAUGUUUUUGGUGAAGUAAAUGAUGGAGCUUUCCAAGGAAUCACUUUACAAAGAGACACACAAGUGAAUGAUAUUUCGUUCAUAUUUGAAUCAAACAGUCUAUCCAAACUAACUAGAUACUCUCUUGGUACUACAGACUUCAAAGUACAGUACAGAAAUAUCUAUAUUGGUGAACAAUGUGAUUGUACGGAUAUAGAUCACAAAAUCAUAGAAACUUCUUAUUAUAGUGAAAUUAUGUGUUUACAUGAUGAAGAGUAUAUGACAGUGAGAGAUUUCAAAUCAAACAUGUGUUCAAUAGUAACGAAUUACUAUAUAACUCUUAUAAUUGUCUGCGUUGUAAUUAUUCUAGUGAUAGUUGUAGUAUCGAUUUUAGUAAUGUAUUAUAAAUUCGUGUAUAGAAAAAACAAAUACGGGGGACCAAAACAAGGUAAGAAUGGACAACUGAGUUUGAUAGUGCCUGAUGGAAGGACUUACAGAGAGACUGAAUUGCAUGUUAUAGUAGAAAAAACUGAUCUUCUUACUACUGAUCUGUAA